AACCAUUAUAGAAGUACAGGGAGGGUCAUUCGGCAAGCGUAUCUGGCAACCCUGUUUAGAACCACUGAUUUGCUGCGCAUAAUGGUAGUGAACUUGACCCCCUCCUGAUCCUGGCACGUUUCUACCGAGUCCUCUCGUCAUCUGGAUCUCCCCGAUUUUACCCUGAGAUGUCUUUUACUUGGAGCUUCUGCGCCUGUGCUGUUAUGCACCUCUUCUCACCCAUACUUUACUUUUCUGGAUAUCUGGAAACUGUAGACUUGUAGAUCUGCUGUUUGAAUCACAAUCACUGUCCUGUGCUUCUCCCCAGGACCACCAUACUCAACUCAAUGUGCUUAUUUUUCUAACACAGUUGGUACUACUGACCUUUUCAUACAGUUAUGGAAGAUAAAUGAUUUAUAGUCGAACUAACUGGUACACCAUUUCGAGUCUAGGUACUAAAGUUUCAGUCCCAGUGUUGUGAUCUCUGUCAUUAGGAAUAUAAAUCUACAUCUGGAUUUCUGAAAUGCUGCUAUGUGAUCAUAUUUUCUCUUAAGAGACCUGAAUUGGGCUGAAUUAAUUAAAUAUUGGCUGAAGAUGUACCAUAAAUUCAAAAGACAAAAAAGAAACAAUGGUAAUUCAUUAGCUAUGAAUAUGCCAUGAACGUAAAGUUUAUUACAUAUAGCCUUUAAGUGCAAUCUUACAGUGCAGUUUCAAAGGUCAUUUUGGAAGUUGGCAGUUAACUUUGCUAGAUAAGUGCAGUGUUCGUUGAAAUCUUGGCUGUCUUGAAUUGUAAAAAUGAACGUAUCCAGAGACGGCAAGAUUGUGGUGGUGGGUGCAGGGUUUGCAGGUUUAGCUGCAGCUGCCUCUUUGGUCCAGGCUGGAUUUCAGAAUGUCAAGAUUCUUGAGGCUAAAGAGCAAGCAGGAGGUAGAGUUUGCACCACUAAACCAUUUACAGAGAACAUCAUUGAACUUGGGGCUAACUGGAUUCAUGGACAGGAUGGGAAUCCACUCUACCAUUUAGCCAAGGAGCAAGACUUGCUGGUUGAAGGCGGAGCUGCAAACAAGAAUAUGUGCUUGCCCCACUCGGUUACUCCACGUGAUUACUUUUUCAUGGAAGACGGGAGGCAGAUUUCAACUGAUAUUGUCGAUCAGGUGUGUUCUCUUUUCAGUAAACUCACCUCAAAAGCCUUUGAGUCGGAGUUGGAGGAAGAACAUAGAGCCAUAAGUUUGGGGGAUUAUCUUGAUGUGUCCUUUGCUGGAUCAACUUUAGCUACCUCAGAAGAGGGAUCAAAAGUUUUUGAAUGGUGUAAAAGAAGUGAAUGCACAGAUGAGGCUGCUUCCUCUCUAUAUGAAGUGUCUGCAUCUCAGCUUGGCUACUACAUUGCUCUUGAGGGAGGCUUUUUUAACUCCUUGGGUCCAAGGGGUUAUCAAGCAAUUUUAGAUAUUCUCCUGAAAUCUCUGCCUUCAGAUACUAUUCUGAGUAAUAAAGAAGUAAAAAGCAUCCAGUGGGACUUCCAGGGAAACAAAGGCAAAGAACAGAACCAUCCUGUACAAGUGAUUUGUAAAAAUGAUCAGAUCUUUGAAGCUGAUCAUGUGAUUGUGACUGUAUCUCUGGGGGUUUUAAAACAACAAGCAAGAACCAUGUUUGAACCUGCCUUACCAAAAUCAAAGCUGGAUGCUAUUGAGAGACUCGGCUUUGGUACUGUGGACAAGAUCUUCCUGCGUUUUAAUGAACGAUUUUGGCCAGAAGACUGUGCAGGAAUCCAGCUUGUGUGGGACGAGGGACCUGAAGAUAAAGCAGUCUAUACUAGUCAAGACAAAGACGAUGCAUGGAAAGAGACCUGGUUUAAAAAGAUCUGUGGUUUUGAUACCGUGGCCCGUCACCCUACAGUGCUCUGUGGCUGGAUUACAGGCAGAGAGGCUCUUCAUAUGGAGACACUACAGGACAGCGAGGUUGCCGAUAUCUGUGCAAGAUUGCUAAGGUCCUUUACUGGCUGGGCUAUUCCUGAUAUAUCCCAAGUUCUGAUCUCCAGGUGGGGUCAUGACCCACAUGUACUAGGCUCCUAUACAUUUGUUCCUCACUGGGUGAAUGGGGUAAAAGAGCAUGAGGCACUGGCAGCCCCUCUUCCUUCUUGUAGCCAAGCCCCAGAAAGCAAGCCUUUGCAGGUGCUGUUUGCAGGUGAAGCAACUCAUGUAAACUUCUACACCACAACCCAUGGUGCCUAUCUGUCAGGAGCCAGAGAAGCACAGAGACUCAUUAACCACUACUCUCAUUAAGCAGUUUUUUUACUUCUCUCCUCUCUGGUUGUCCUCAUAGUACAUGCAAUUUCUAGCAAUUUGAUUCAAAGUCAGUAUUUUGUCUCUGUGAGAUCUAAAUGAAUCCAACUAUGACACAUUUUGCAGAAUCGUAAUUGUAGACAUGGGAUUGCGCUCAGCAUACUUAAAAGAUAGCAGUAAACUGUUUAUUAAUCCUAUGCAUUUACUUGAGUCAUUGUGUAACAAGUAUUUGAUUCGGAUUUGCAAUGAAACGGAGAACUGGAUGGCUUUUCUAGAUAAAUAAUUUUUUUACCAGAUGAUUCUACAGUAUGGGACUUAAUAAAUAGCUUGCUGCUUAUUAAGAGUCUUUUAUUUGUCAACUGUUUGAUGUUAUCUUUAAGGUUCUAUCUCUUAGUGUUAUAUGGUGGUUCAUUUCAACUUUCAGGAGUUUACAAUUUCAGGAGUUUACAGUUAUUUAAAUAUUUUAAUGUGGAAUGGAGAGAAAAAACGAAAAUGAUAGUGUCAAAGAAUGCUGAAUAUUGUCUCUGAUAUUCAUUCAAAAUUGUCAGUUUGAAACAUUUACAUUGUCACAGAAAUUUAAUAAUUUUAAUAAAAUGAUAUAUUUAAAUUUA